GUGCUGAAAGCGGAAGUGCAAAAAUGGAGGCAGCCGUGUUCAUUUUAUCCCUCGUCGACUGCUGUGCUUUAAUAUUCCUCUCCGUGUAUUUCAUUAUUACUCUGUCUGAUUUGGAAUGUGACUACAUCAAUGCUCGAUCCUGCUGCUCCAAGUUAAACAAAUGGGUCAUUCCUGAGAUGAUCGCUCAGGCUCUGGCCACAGUCCUGAUGUUGGUCUCCAUGCACUGGUUUGUGUUCCUGCUCAACUUACCUGUGGCAUCAUGGAACGUUUACAGAUACAUGAAGGUUCCCAUGGGGAACAUGGGAGUGUACGACCCCACAGAGAUCCACAACAGAGGCCAGCUUAAGUCCCACAUGAAGGAGUCCAUGAUCAAACUGGGCUUCCACCUUCUCUGCUUCUUCAUCUACCUGUACAGCAUGAUCCUGGCUCUCAUCAACGACUGACCUGCGACCGUCUUCACAACACAAACUGCCAAAUCAUGAACUGGCCUUUACAUUUUGUGAAUGAACUCCAUGCAUCCCAAUCAGAAGAUCAGCACAGCUCUCCUCAUCACAUGCUCACUACUGACCCUCGGAGAAACGGCUCAUCUGCUGACCACAGACCCCGAUGAAGCGAGCGCCGCCACGUACGCUUUCCUCCCUUCGCGUCUCUGCACUUCACUUCGGUUUCUCAGCAUCUUGCACUGCUUCUCAGGGCUGAAGCAUCAAGACAAUCGCACUGAAUCACACAACAUGUUUGACCACGGCCAGCUCACACUCAAAUGGAAGCUAGUUUCCACAAAUGGAAUAAAAAGUGAUAAAGGUAAUUGUGACACUUUACCACACAAUUCAGUUUUUUCUCUUACAAAUCUGAGUUUCUUACUAUUCAGACUUUUUCUUGCAGUUCUGAAUUUUAAGAAUAAACUCACAGUUCUGAGAAAGAAGUCAGAAUUGCGAGAUACAGUAGGAUUUUGUUUCAGAAUUGCAAGGUUGAGAACUUGAGAACUUAGAAUUACAAAAAAAGUCUGAAUUUCGAGUUUAUAUCUCACAAUUCUUUUUCUCAAAUUGUGAGAAGCAAAGUGUGAAUAUAUUUUGUAAUUCUGAGUUUAUAUUCUUUGUAUGUCAGUUCUGAAUUGCGAAAUAAAAACAGAAUAAACUUGCAAUUCUGAGAAAAUAAUAUGAAUUGCAAGAUGUAUUCGGAUUUUGUUUCAGAAGUAGGCAAUACAAACUCAUAAAAAAUACAAAUAAAUGUGCAAUUGCAGAACUUAGUUUAUACCGAACAAUUCUGACUUCUCAGAAUUGCAAGAUAUUGAUUGAUCAAAUUCAAAAUUGUGAUAUAAAUCAUAACUCAGAAAAAAAAGUCGCAAUUACCCUUUUCAUUUAUUUUUAUCCUGUGGCAGAAACAAGAU